GUGACGUCAUCGUCGUUGUCGACAUCAUCAUCAUCAUCACCAUCAUCCUCAUCAUCAUCAACAUUUACAAGACGGUUAUCAUUAUCUGAUGUAGUUAUAUUGGCUAGGUGUAUGUGUAAUGGACACGCCAGUGCAUGUUUACCUAAUAGUAGUAGUAGUAGUAUUUGCCAAUGCGAACACAAUACGAUGGGCGAUGAGUGCAAUGCAUGCAAACCAUUCUAUCAGGACAGACCGUGGCGAAGGGGUGACCUCGAAGACUCCCACGAAUGUCAAGUCUGCAGCUGCCAUUCUCAUUCUCACCGAUGUCGCUUCAAUGCCGACUUGUACCGAAUAUCCGGAUUGAAAAGCGGUUCUCUGUGUAUCGGCUGCAAGCACAACACUGCCGGGAAACACUGCCAUCACUGCAAAAUCGGAUAUCACAGAAACCAAAAGCUAAAGAUAGAAAGUGCCUUUGCCUGUAUAAAAUGCGAUUGUCACGUGAUAGGAUCACGUGAUCCGAUUUGUGACCACGUGACUGGUCAGUGCACCUGCAAGACGGGGGUGGGGGGUCUGAGGUGUGACGUUUGUCUCGAGGGCUACGUUCAGACGAAAUCGCCUGUUAAUCCCUGUCUGAGUUGGUAG